CCCUGGCGGCCGGAGUGUGACACACGCGGCGGGUCGGGAGGCGGCGGCAGCGGCGCGGCAGGCGCCGCCGGGACGGGCACGGGCGUGCGGUCUCAGGCGGGCGCCGGCUGCCUCCCUCCGUCGCUCGCUCGCUCUCCCACCCGCUUGCUCUCUGGCUGCGGGGCCGGGCUCGCCCCGGCGCUCUCUGGAAGGAAGAAGGGGGGCCGAGGACGCUGACAAGUUCCCGCAGCAGCCGCGGAUCCCGGCCAAGGCAGAGGCUGUGGCUUCGACGGGGCAGGAGGGCGCUCCGCAGCUAAGCGCACGGCUAGAACGUCGGAGGAAGGGGGCACCUGAGCCUUUCUCUCUCCGAGGAGCCGCGGGCCGGGAUCCCAUGAGACGCGCGCUCGCGGGGCACGAGAUCCGAAGCCCGGGCGACGCGCGACGGAGGCGGAAGGCGGGGUGCAGCCUCCGGAGCUCGUGAGCGGCCGGCAGGAGGCGGCGGAGAGAACUUGAACUUGGCGUCGGAAGCCGGCGCCCCGGACGCCCCCAGCCGGGGCAGGGGCGCCGAGGGACCUGGGCGGCAGCGCUGCCCCCCGAAUGGCCGCGGCGGCGGACCGGGCUCCCGCGCCGCGGCCCUAGGCGGCCUCUCGCCAUGGCCAAGUGGCUGAACAAGUACUUCAGCUUGGGCAACAGCAAGACCAAGAGCCCCCCGCAGCCGCCGCGGCCAGACUACCGCGAGCAGCGGCGCCGGGGCGAGCGGCCCUCGCAGCCCCCGCAAGCUGUGCCGCAGGCCCCCGCGGCCGCCUCGGCGUCCUGCGGAACGGCUGCCGCCUCCUGCUUCUCGGCCUCGUCGGGAUCGCUGCCCGACGACAGCGGCAGUACCAGCGAUCUCAUCCGCGCCUACCGCGCACAGAAGGAGCGCGACUUCGAGGACCCCUACAACGGGCCCGGCUCCUCGCUCCGCAAACUGCGCGCCAUGUGCCGCCUGGACUACUGCGGGGGUGGCGUGGAGCCGGGCGGCGGCCAGCGCGCCUUUUCGGCUUCGUCCGCGUCGGGCGCCGCGGGCUGCUGCUGUGCCUCCUCCGGCGCGGGCGCCGCCGCGUCCUCGUCCUCGACCUCGAGCUCCCCGCACCUCUACCGCAGCAGCAGCGAGCGGCGGCCCGCCACGCCGGCCGAGGUGCGCUACAUCUCCCCCAAGCACCGGCUCAUCAAGGUGGAGAGCGCAGCGGGCGGUGUGGGAGAUCCCCCGGGGGUCUCCUGCUCGGGUGGCCGCACCUGGAGCCCGACAGCCUGCGGUGGCAAGAAACUGCUCAACAAGUGUGCUUCCUCGGCCGCGGAGGAGAGCGGGGCCGGCAAGAAGGACAAGGUAAGGCACCUGGCCUCUCCCGAUGUUCCAGAGCCAUUGUUGUGCACANGGGCCAUAUUGUUAAUGGCCACCUCAGAGAGGAAGUGGAUUGGAAGUGGUACCAGCCAGAGACAGCUGUGA